CUUGCAUACCUUCUACAACACUCCCAAACCCUCAAUCUAAUGUCAUCCUCCUCUUCAAAUUUCGAAUCUUUAAGAGACUUGCAUGAUUCCGUGAACAAUCUGCUUCGUUCGCCCGACUUCAAACGAGUUCUCUCCCACCACAAACAGGACCAAAAAUGGGUUCAAAUGGCAUCUGAUUCAUCUUUAAAGAUGUUGGAUUCUUGUGGGACCACCAAGGACAUAUUGUGUCAUGUCAAAGGUCACAUUCAAGACCUCCAAUCAAGGUUUCGCAGAGUCAGUCUUGGUGAAACCGAGAUGAAACUUUCUGAAUACCGUUUUCAAAGAAAGGAUAUGAGGAAACAGAUAUUAAAGAGGUUGAACUCGCUGAAAAAUAUGAAAAACACGAUCACUCCUGGUGGUGGUCAUGAUACCCAAAUCGACGAUAACCUCAUGGUUGUAGCUAAUGUGUUAAAAGAAGUGAGGGAAACCGUUGUUAUAUUACUGGAGUCAGUUAUGUCGCUCAUGUCGAUGCCAAACCCUAACCCUAGAACUACAAAACCCACGAUGAUCAAUUGUAAUGGUGUUUUGGCAGCCAAAGUGAAGUUUACGAGGGCGAAUAGCUUGAGCCCGUGGGAGGAUUGCGACGCGCAAGCCCUCCAAAGUGCGAUAGAGAGGUUGGAGGCUGUAGAAAGUGCCAUGGAAGAUCUUGAGGUCGAAUUAGGGUGCAUAUUCCAGAGGUUGAUGAGAACUAGGGUUUUGUUGCUCAACAUUCUCACCAACUAA